AUGUAAGUAAUUCUUAUAGCAAUCCUAUCCUUGAUAACAUUUGCAGCUUAUCUGUUAAUAAUAAAGCCUUUGGUUCCUUUGCUUUUAUUAAAGAUAAAAUUAGGAGAAAAAGCGAUAUUCAUGUUUUAUCCAUUAUCUGGUUUUAUCGGUGUAUUUAUGAAAUCGAUAAAAUCUAACCAUGAUGUUAUGCAUACGAUUAACAAUGCUCUAAGAAAAAAUCCUUCAGCCAAAGUCAUUUUAUCUAAUUAUUUAAACAAACCUUGUAUCAUGUUAACAGGAUCAGAGUAUAUUAAGGAUACAUAUCUAGAUCAUCAUGAUUUUGAAAAAAUAAAUCCUUUUAUGAUUCCUUCAUUUAUAUAAAAAGGAUUAGUGAUGAGCGAAGGUGAAAGUUGGAAAAGAUAGAGAAAGUUUUUAGGCUCAGCUUUCACAUUUGAAAAAUUAAAAUCAAGAUUACCUAUGAUGAAUUAAGUUGUAUAAUAGAUAGCAGAAAAGGAUAAUAAGAGUCAUCUGAAUGACUUUAUGUCAAGAAUAACAGGAGAAAUAGUAAUUAAAAGCUUUUUUGGUGAAUUAGCAGAAGGGUUCUAAUUAGAAGGCAAAGAUGCAUAGGUAGCGUUAAUAUAGUUAACUGGAGAAAUUUCUAUAAUGCAUAUGGAAAACAUUUAUAUUUUUAUAAAAUCAUUAUUAUUUGAAGAAAGAAUGUGGGAGAUAUUUCCAUGUAAAAAGGAGAAAGAAAUUGUAUAAAGAGUUGAUAAUGUUAGAACGAAAAUUAAAGAAAUGAUUUAGAAAAGGAUUGAAUAACUAAGAGAAAACCCAAUUCAAGAUUAAGAUAAAAUGGUGUUCUUAGAUCUAUAUGUUACUGAAUAUUUAAAAUAAUAAGGAUAAAAAGAAUAAUAAAUAGAUAUUGAAGAGAUAUUACAUUAAUUCAUUACAUUAUUUUUUGCUGGUACAGAUACAACAGCUACAACAUCUGGAACUUGCUUAUAUUAUUUAGCCUAAUAUCCUGAAAUUUAAAAUGAAAUAUUAGAAGAAAUUUAAUAGGUUAUUGGAUAAAAUGAUAUAAAAGAAGAACAUUUGAAUAAGUUAAUUAAAACUAAUGCUUUAAUUUAAGAAGUAUUAAGAUUAAGAAAUCCAGCAUUUACUACUCUUUUUAGAACUGUGAAACACGAUAAAUAAGUUCGAGAUAUAAAACUUAAAAAAGGUUGGGCAAUAGUAUAAAUGUAAAAUUCUAGCAGUAUAUAAGAUAAUCAUUUUGAAAGUGCUUUGGAAUUUAAUUAUAAAAGAUGGUUGAAAAAAGAAAAUGUAAUAAAAAAUGAUAAUGGUUUUAUUCAUAUUCCUUUUGCAGCUGGACCUAGAAAUUGUAUUGGAUAACAUAUGGCUUUAAUGGAAGCUAAAAUAAUUAUUGCCUUAAUUCUUAGAAACUAUAAAAUUAUAAUCAACCCUCAAGUUUCAUAAAUUAAAUUUGGAGUCAAAUUUUUAUAAUGUGUUGAACCAGAUAAUUGCUUAGUAUUUUAAAAAAGAAUUUGA